AGAGACCAAACUCUUCGUAGUCUGAGAGACCGCGAGACUUGGCGGAUAUGCCCUUCUCGUUGACCACACAUAACAGGAAGUAUUUCUGUCUUGCAUGUGAGGCAGUGUUCACGCUAUCAAGAGGAUAUCGAGCAAGUAGCAAGAAUGGAGAAAACAGGAAAUCCUUCAAAGAAGUUCAAGAAUGCCUCCGGUGCUCCAGUUAAGAAACGCCAGCAACGCUUCAGUUCGGAGAUAGUGUUCACCGCAAAGAAUGGCAGCAUCCAGACCAUUCCCUCUCUGCAGAAGAAACUGGCUGACGUGACUGGAGAGUGCCUUGUUGGUCUGCAGUAUGUGUGGGAGUACAGGAGCCCCAGUAAGUCUGUGCCUCCCCACUACCAGUGUCGCCUGUGUAAGGUGGCGAAGCUUCAGUCCGAGAUACUGCGGCACAUCCAGGGAUGGAAACACUUCUUCAAAUACCUGAAGCAGCACCAUGGUGAUAAAGUGACCUGUACAGAAGAAGAGGCAACAAAUGAUCGAGACGUGAGGAAGACGGUCAGGGAUGUGGCCCUAGAGGUGGAGAAGACAGAGGGACGAGGCAAAAUUAGGGUUGUGCUGAAGGAGCCAAGUGAAGUGCCAGUCUUCCAGGGCAUGAAUUCAGCCAAACCCAAGCUUUUCAAGAGCCCAAUAGGAGCAGGUCCAGGAGGCCACAGAGCAGGACUGGGCCCCCGACCCCAACCAGGUCUGUAUGGGUACGGCGACUUCCCGUCUGGUGGAGGCAUGCCUGAUUUUGCCGUGCGUGACGGGCUCGAUAGGCGUGACCUGGCGGAUAUGCGCGGCAUGCGGGACUUCCGAGACACGCUUGACCUGCACAUGAGUCCGCGGGGGUCGGACAUGGACAUGGGCAUGCGGCGGUACUCGGCCGGCAGCACCAUGCGACCAACGUCUGAUGGCUUUGGCAUGCGGCUUCCCGGCGAGGGUUUGGACAGGUCCUCCUACAUAAACGACUUCCGUGGCGGCCAGGGCACUGAUCUCAGCGACCCCAUGAUGAGGACCGGCAUGAAGGAGGGGAACAGUAUUCCCGCCACGCUGCUCAAAUACCUGGACUCGUUCCGUAUCGAGAGUGAGAGCGAUGCCCAGAUCGUUCUGAAGGUUACUCAGAAGCUCACAGAUGUACUGAUGGAGUAUCGGCUCCGUAGUAUGUCACCAGGCAAACCCACACCGCCGUCCCUUGGGCCGAUGAGCUACACCAACAGCAGUGACCGUUACUCCAGCGGCAUGGGCGGCCCUUCAAGAUAUUACAACUGAGGAGGUUGUGGGUACCAGACAAGAGUUGUUCAUCCCUCAAGUUCUCCACUGAUGCAAUUGCCUGCUGCUGAUAGGCUCAGUCUGUUGGACCAAACAUUGUGUUGAUAGUUAUACUUUACAUGUAAAUGUCUGGAAAAAUCAGCCUUCCUUUAGUUUGAAUUAUUGUGAGUGAGUGUUUUAGAGAGAAGGGUGGUAUUGGAAAUAUUUUUGUUGCAAAAAAUGAGAGAACCUCCAUUAUUUUGGAACAGUGUCUUGUGUGCAUGGUCAAGUUUUCUACUUUGCAGAAUAAAAGUUUAAGCUCAGCUUUCA